AUGAAGCUAAGCAUUAUCACAAUUUCCUGGCUUCUCGUCCGUCUCGCAAAAGCCGAUACACAGCCAGGUUCAUUGAUCGUACAUAACAACUGCUAUUUCGCUGUCCACGUCCUGGGAGUAGCUGAUAUGCCGUACUUGCAACAAGACUUAAAGGCAGGCGAGACUUUGCAUCUCCCAUUCCGAGAGUCAGUCAGUGGCACAGGCAAUUCAUUGAAGAUUGCCACCGAAUUUGAUCAUGGCAACAUGGCUCAAGUCGAAUAUAGCGCAUGCUUUCUUGGCAGCCUCUGUUUCCCUGAAAACAGUGUCUUCUACGAUCUCUCUAAUAUCAACGGAAACCCUUUCCUUCCCUAUGGGAUAACAAUUUCCCCUUCACGCAAAGAUUGUACGACUGUGAGAUGUCCGGCUUUCAAUCAGCAUUGCGACCUUGUGUACUAUCAACCAUAUGACAAUCAAGCUACUCAGGGGUGCGACGUUGAAACCAAUCUCCAUGUCGAGCUCUGUUCAGGAUGA